AUGGAAAUGAAGAAUACCUGGAAACACCUGACCUUGUGUAACAAAAUUUUUAAGGCUGCUCUUGCAGUAGGGGAAAGAUAUUGUGAGACAUUUUUCAACAUUGUGGAGCAGUCACAGAGGGUUUCACUUUUUAAAGGCUCCACCUUGAAUAUGAGUUGGAGUGGUGGGAAGAAGAGUGAUGCUGGACUUCCAAGACCAGAUCAGGUGUUGUUUCUUACUUGGGAGCCAGAGGAAGCAAAAAGGCGAGGGCAAUUUGGAGCGGAACGUUAUGAAAAGGAAGAGUUUCAGAAACGCGUCUAUGAAAACUUCCAGUUGCUGAAGGAUGACGUGUGGAAGGUUAUUGAUGCAAAGAAGAGUGUUGAAGAUUUACAGGAAGUUUUAAAGAUGAGGCAUUAA